AUGCUGUUGCUACGAGCUGUUCUACUGCUACUAGUCCUGCCCACUCACGGCCAGGACUCCGUGACAGAAGGGCCUGGAGUUCUGCUUCCUCUGGCCAAGCAGGCCUGCACAGUUUGCUUGGCAGGCAUCCCAGGGCAUCCUGGCCACAAUGGGACCCCAGGCCGUGAUGGCAGAGAUGGCACCCCUGGCGAAAAGGGUGAGAAAGGAGAUCCAGGUCUUGUUGGUCCUAAGGGUGACAGUGGUGAAACUGGAGUAACUGGGGUUGAAGGUCCCCGAGGCUUUCCAGGAAUCCCUGGCAGGAAAGGAGAACCUGGAGAAAGUGCCUAUGUACACCGGUCAGCAUUCAGUGUGGGAUUGGAAAGCCGGGUCACUGUCCCCAAUGUUCCCAUUCGCUUUACCAAAAUCUUCUACAAUCUGCAAAACCACUAUGAUGGCACCACUGGAAAAUUCCACUGCAACAUUCCUGGGCUGUACUACUUCUCCUACCACAUUACAGUCUACUUGAAGGAUGUCAAGGUCAGCCUCUACAAGAAGGACAAAGCUAUGCUCUUCACCUAUGACCAGUACCAGGAGAAGAAUGUGGACCAGGCCUCUGGCUCUGUGCUCCUCCAUCUGGAAGUGGGCGACCAAGUCUGGCUCCAGGUGUAUGGGGAUGGGAACUCUUAUGGGCUCUAUGCAGAUAAUGUCCAUGACUCUACCUUUACAGGCUUCCUUCUCUACCAUGAUACCGACUGAUCACAACUAACUUAGAGCCUCCUCCAGGCCAAACAACCCAAAAGCGAAAGAACAGUCCAUGGGUUUUCAGUUAAGAGAUUAGUUUUGUUAUCCGGUUGGAGAGCUCUGAACAUUAUUCAUUCAUUUACUCAUUCAUUCAUCAAGUACCUUUUCAAAAAAAAUCAUAUACUAUAUUCCCUGUCCUAAAGAAGACAUGGUCCCUGGCCUCAAGAGUCUGUUAUGUAGUAGCAAUGAAAGGUUAAUAAUAUUUCUGGGGGUGCUUCACAUAUAUGGUGAGAUAUCAAACUACCAGAAAGUAUUUGACAGUGCUAUUCUGUGUCCACCUUUUUUACUUAUGUUCAUGCCAAUCCUGGGAGGUACACAGGAAAGAUAUUAUUCUCUUCAUUUUAUGCUUGGGUCCUGAGCCUGAGAGAGUGAAAUGAAUGCCUAAGCUCACACAGGUAUUAAGUGGCAGAGUUCGAAGGCAAACCCAGGUCUGUAGACCUUUUCCCCUAGGCCCUGCCCUUUUUUUAGGAGUACAUGGCCUUUUGGAAGUGUUGGUAGGGGGUCUAUCACCCAGCUCACCUGAGGGCCUCCAAGUGGUCUUCAUGGUAAGUUAAGCCUUUCCCCUGUAGAGGUCCCUCAGAGGUGAUUCUAUGACUGGGUCCCAUCCCCGCUGGACCACCAAUUACUCUGUACUUCUGCUUCUCUGUCUUUCUUCAUGCUCUUCUCUCCAGCUCAGAAAGCUACCUUCACCUCCACAUGGUGAAAUCCUCCCUGUUGCUCAAAACCACCUAGUCAGGAAGCUUCUCUGAUGUGAGAGCUCUCUCCUGCAAACCUUCCUCACACACUCUGCCCCUGUGCCCCUCUAUGUAUUAGUCUGGAUUAGAAUCCUGGGUAUGAAAGACAUCCUUCUCCCAGGCCAGGGACAACUGCCUGGAAAGGACUGUGCUUCCUUCACCUCUGAGUCCCUUUGCAGGUCCUUGAUAAAUGCCUCAUGAAGACCAAUCUCUUGAACCUCAUCUCUGGCCAAGAUUAACUCCAGUUCAGUCUCUUCAUGUAACUAAUUCGUAUCUACAGAAACAUUUUCAUUUUAGGAACUUUCUGAAUUUAAGUACCUAAUCCUUGUUCCACUGGAUAAUUUGAAUCUUUUCCACUGAGGUUUGGGAUGACUGUUCUUUCCAGAAUACUUAAAGAAUUUUCCCUGAAGGAGGUAGCUUGAGCCUGCUAUGCAAAAUCCACAAAGGAAUUUGGAAACCAUUCUUUCCUUGAAUACCAACAGGGUCUGGAAAGACCUGGGCCUUCCGAAUCUAUUCUUGUUCUUUAAGAAUUAAAAGGAGAAGAAGGAGAAGGAGAAGGAGAAGAAGAGAAAUACUAUCUGAGGUGAUGGACAUGUGAACUAGCUUGAUUGCGGUGAUUAUUUCACCAUGUUUAUCUACAGCAAACCAGUACAUUGUACAUCUAAAUAUAUACAAUUUUUAGUUGUCAAACAUUUCUAACAAAAAAUAAAGAAGUAUAGGCGGUUGAUGGUGGUAAAUAUCCUCCCAGGAGACAAUAGCUUGAGUAAUGCUUUUCAAAGUUUUUAGCGAAAGCAGAGUUAAUAACAUUCUGUAUAAACAGAAAUGGGAAACUUUUUUCUUUUGCUCUCAGUUUUAAGUUCUGAAUUAUUCCCUUUUGUGUAUUGCUCAUCAUUAAGUGAUUAUUAUUUCUACAUACCAAACUUCAUCUUUUACAGUGUUUGCACAUCAUCAUUUUCUACAAGUAAAGAUAUUGUUCAGCAUUAAAAGUAGAAGCACUUGAA